UUGUAUCUAUCAGAAGAAAUGGUAAAUGAAGUGGGAGCUUUCAUCCGAGCCCAUGUAAAUGAUUUGCUCUCAAUUUCUCAAGAUAUUGCAUUGGGUAAAGAUGCAAGGUUGUUCUUAAAGGUUGCUAUAUACUUGUUGCUGAUUUCUAUUGUUGGUGGCUUGACUGAUUUCCUUACUUUGGGUUACACCAGCCUUGCUGUUAUUCUCACAGUUCCAUCACUCUACGAGAGAUACAAAGACUAUAUUGAUUCAUAUGUCAUAAAUGGGUGCGGGAAAAUGCAGCAGUUGUACGUGGAAUUUGAUUCCAAGUUUGUGAACAGAAUCCGGAAAUGGAUUUUGGAGAAGCAGAAGUUAAGCUGAUUUCCUUUGUUUCUUCUUCAGUUUUCUUCUUCUUUCUGUUUGAGAGUGCCAUCGUUUCUUGUUGAGCAUUAGGGAUGUGGAGAAAUGCAUUUCCUCUCUGAUUUAUUGUUUCUGGUGUGUGAGUUCAUUAGGUUUUAACCAGAGAGAUCUUAUGGAAGUUACCACUCGAUGAAAUUUUUUUUAGUGAAAUGAAUGGUUGAGGAACAUUUA